AAAAAGACCGAAACGAAAGAGGAGACGGACAACGUUGUCGUUUCAAAAGGGAGUUUUGUUUUGGGUUGGUGGUGAAGGUGUGCGGUCCGGUGGGUUUGGUUUGAAUUGAGAUCGAAGCAUCGGAAGGUCCGAAACCCAACCAGGUUGGUAGAGAUAGGGCGAGUUCAAAUGGCCAACUUGGAAGACGUGCCCUCCCUCGAUCUCAUGACGGAGCUCCUCCGUCGCAUGAAGUGCAGCUCCAAGCCCGACAAACGCCUCAUCCUCAUUGGCCCACCUGGAUCAGGAAAAGGUACUCAGUCGCCCAUUAUCAAGGAUGAAUACUGCUUGUGCCACUUGGCAACUGGUGAUAUGUUAAGAGCUGCUGUUGCUGCAAAAACCCCUCUUGGAGUUAAGGCUAAAGAAGCUAUGGACAAGGGUGAGCUUGUUUCUGAUGACUUGGUUGUUGGCAUUAUUGAUGAAGCAAUGAAAAAGCCUUCAUGCCAGAAAGGCUUUAUUCUUGAUGGCUUCCCAAGGACUGUGGUCCAAGCUCAGAAGCUUGAUGAAAUGCUGGAAAAGCAGGGCACUAAAGUUGAUAAGGUGCUCAACUUUGCUAUUGAUGAUGCAAUAUUGGAGGAGAGGAUCACCGGCCGCUGGAUACACCCUUCAAGUGGCAGAACCUACCACACAAAGUUUGCACCUCCCAGGGUUCCAGGGAUUGAUGAUGUCUCUGGGGAACCUUUGAUUCAGCGAAAGGAUGAUACGGCAGCUGUUCUGAAGUCAAGACUGGAGGGUUUCCACAAGCAAACUGAGCCCGUGAUUGAUUAUUACUCCAAAAAGGGAAUGGUCGCAAAUCUUCAUGCCGAGAAACCUCCCAAGGAUGUCACAGUAGAGGUCCAGACUGCGCUUUCAUCAUGAGAAAUGUUCCCUGCAGGAUAAUUUUACUCUAGGAUUUUGCUUCAUGAAACUUCAAAGUACCUUCGAUUGAGCUGAAUACCCACCCUUUUGUCAUGCUUCAAAUUUAAUUUCCGGCUGCUAUCCAUACUUUUUGAGGGUUAGUUUAGUUCAAUGGCCAAGAAUAAAGUUACAAACAGAGGAACUUGGACAAUUCUACUUGCAUGCGUUGUGGGCAUGCCAUUACACCAUUUAAUUGGUUGAUUACAUCAGUUACUGCA